AUGGGAACAACAGAUGAUCGAUUUUCGGACCGUGGAUUUAGAAAACCCGAAUUUGUGGAACUUGAUGAGUAUUCUGACUUUGUCCAAGCAUAUGAGUCAGUUUUGCAGCGGCGACUUAUGCGUUGGGAGCAGUAUUUUUCCGCCCUGCCAUCAAAAAAGAGCUCCAAAUUGAAAAGAUUUUGUCGUAAAGGAGUACCGGAUCAUAUUAGAUCGACAGUAUGGAUGCAUCUUUCGGGAGCUCAGGAACGAAUGGAAGCAAAUCCAAAUGCAUAUAGCAUUGCAGUUACGCAGAAACCACCAAAUAAUAUUAUGAAUGUAAUCUUAGCAGAUGUUCCACGAACAUUUCCGGAGAAUAUUCAUUUCCAAGAUACUGAUGGUCCAAACAGUAAACUAGUAUCAUUGGAAAGGGUUUUGUCAGCUUUUGCAGUCCACUUUCCUAAUAUUGGUUAUUGUCAGGGUAUGAAUUACAUAGCUGCAGUGCUUCUACUGGUUCUUGAUUGUCCUGCAGACGAAGCUGAAGUCAAAGCAUUUUGGUUAUUGGAUGCUUUGGUUAAUCAUAUUCUACCAAAGUAUUAUUCAUCUGAUAUGAUGGCUGUACGCGUCGACUGUAUGGUAUUCAAUGAGCUAUUAAGAGAGAAAAUCCCCAUGGUGCAUAAAGUCAUCAUGAAUUCAGGUAUCAGUUGUACAUUGUUGGCUACAAAAUGGUUUAUCUGCUUGUUCGCUGAUGUUCUACCAAUUGAAACAACUAUUCGCAUCUUCGAUUGUCUCUUCUAUGAAGGUGAUAAAGUGUUAUUUCGUGUCUGCCUUUCAUUGGUUAGAUUACACUACAAAGAUUUAAUCCAAUGCAAAGAAUUCCCUGUUCUCAUUACAGCUUUUCGUAAUAUGUGCAAAGAUAAACAGACGCUGUAUUGUCAUCAAUUUCUAGAAUAGACACACACACACACACACGCAAGUUUUGUCAGCCUAAUGGAUAUAGAAUUGAUCAUAUAUGGCUACAAUAUUUUUAUCUGUUUAAGCGGCCAUCAUAAUAACUUCACCGAUGUAUUAUAUGCAUGACCUCAUUAAUCAACCGGUAAUGAAAGGAGUUGAUCAUUUAUAGCAUAUUUUGCAUAUAUGUAUGUAUAUAUAUGUGUAUACUUGUGUGGAUGUGUGUUUGUGUUUGCAU